AUGUGGAGGCCGCAGGCGCAGGCUCUGAUCCUCUUCUCAGAUGAUCCGCCCACUGCACUCCUGCCGCUGCCGCCGACAGAGGCGCAAAUAGAGGGGGAGGUGGAAGAGGAGAAGUUGGAGCAUGGCAGCAGCACGGGAGCGACAGGGCAGCGGCACGGCAGAGCACGGCAGGGCAGCGGCACGGCGCACGGGCAGGGCAGCGGCACGGCAGCGGCAGGGGCAGGGCAGGGGGCAGGGCAGCGGCAGGGCACGGCACGGCAGCGGCAAGGGCAGAGCAGGGGGCAGGGCACGGCACGGCAGCGGCAGGGGCAGGGCAGCGGCACGGCAGCGGCACGGCAGCGGCAGGGGCAGGGCACCUGCGGCAUGGGCGUGGGCGUCUGCGGCAUUUCGUCGAACACCCUAAGGGUGGUGUCGACGAGCCGCAGAGUGCGGCUUGGCGUCAUCGGCGCGGGCGUCUGCGAGCGCCGGGGCACGGCGGGGCGUGGUGAGGCGGCGUCGGGGCACGGCGGGGCGUGGUGA